UUUAAAGUUUUUAACAACGUUGACUAACACUGGCAGUAUGCGUACCCUCAUAGUUUUGUGCAUUAUAAAUGUUUAUUUAUGUAACACUGUGUUUUCAAAAUGCAGUAUCACAUUAGAUAUGUUAGGACAUAAGGAGGCUCAGUGUAAAGACCAAGGAUUAACAUCUGUUCCGAUCAAUUUACCACCUGAUAUAAAGAACUUGGAUUUAAGUUUUAAUAGACUGAACCGACUGGAUGCCAACGUAUUUCUUAGAUAUAAGUACCUAGAACAUCUAAUGCUUGAUAAUAAUGUUAUAAGACUGUUGCAUGAAAAGGCUUUCAACGGCUUAUCAUUAUUGAAAUAUUUGUCUAUGUCUAACAAUUAUCUUAAUGUAACCGAUUCGUAUCCCACUGAAGUGUUUGAGUCUUUAAAGAAUUUAUCAGUUUUAGACAUAAGUAGAAAUAUGAAAACACCAGAAUACAACCCGUAUAGAAUUCCUGUUGGUGAAAUCUGUAACUUGCGUGAACUGUCAAUUGAUCUUGUGUUUAACGCAACGUUCGGGCAGCAAUUCAAGGAACUGCACAAUUUACAAAAGUUGAGAUUUGACUAUUGUCACGUUAAUUUUUUAAACAAUGAAACGUUUUCAGAAAUGCCGGGACACAUAAAGGAAUUCCACAUGACAACUUGUAAAGAUUUUGUCGUUGUUGAAGUUGGUGUUCUGAUUCCAUUUCCACAACUAACAGUACUUAAUCUCACUAACAGCAAUAUUCACUUAACACAGGCUCUCCGACUUUUACAUCCGUUUCAGAAUAAAUCAAUGGAAACAAUUCUUUUUCGUGGGAUAACUUAUGCCAAUUUUAAAUACGGUCUAGAUUCGGUUAUUCUUACACCAGAGUUGAUGAAGUAUAUAUCGACUAUCUGUAUAAAAUCUUUAGACUUAUCUGACAAUGAUAUCAUAUUAGUUAGAAACAGAUCAUUAGUUGUGUUUCAACAUCCAGAGUGCUUUGAAAAUGUGAUGUUGUCGGCCAAUAGUUUUAGUUUAGAUAAUUGGGCGCUCGAUUUCUUCAUUCUUGUUAGUAGGAUGACUAACGUAGAAAUAUUUGAUUUUUCUUAUCUUCCACUUAGAUUCAAGAAUCCAAUUUUUCUUGACGUAAUUACAAACAAUAACCAUACACGAGUUGAACAAGUUCAAAGCAAAUGGACAAAAAAGAUAAUUCCUAUCACAGUAACAUUACCAAAUAAAAAAAUUUGGUUUGUGAGAAUAACUCAUCUUAUGGCUUCAAAUUCUUUCAAGGAAAUUAAAUUCACUAACAGUUCCCUUCGUCACCUUGAAUUAUCUUACUUUGAAACAGACAUCUUUCCAAUUAUGACUAUUGAGGGAUUUAAUAGUUUGGAACAUUUAGAUUUGUCAGGAAUAAGAUCAGAUAUAACAAUUGGAGUGGGGAAAGUUCCACUUUUAAUCCACCUAAAAACUCUUAUCCUGAAAGAGACAAAACUGUACAAUGUUUUACAAACUAAUACUACACCAUUUAGAUUUUGUCCAAAUAUAAUGAAUUUGGAUAUAUCACAUAACUAUAUCUGGAAAAUAAAAACUCUUGGACAGCUCCGCAACCUUAAACAGCUUAAUCUAUCUCAUAAUUUGCUGGAUAAUGUUCCAAAGUUUGUUACAAAGUUGGAAAACAUCGCAGAACUCGAUUUGUCGCACAAUCAAUUAACAACAGUUCGAAAGAAAACACUCGAUUGGAUUGAUAACCAGCAUAAAAAACUUGGAACUUUUAAAUUAUAUCUCAGUGGUAAUCCAUUGAUUUGUUCGUGUGGAACAACCGCCUUUCUGCGUUGGAUUCUGAAAACUAAAGUUAAGCUAGAUAACAAUGGUAACUACUCGUGUUGGGUUGCUUAUAGUAAUAAUAUCAACUAUACAAGAAAUGUCACUGAAGACUUUCACCAUUAUUUCGUUGACUGUGAUCCUAUCUUAUGGAUCAGAUUAGGCAUUUCAUUAUUGGUUUCUGUUUUAUCAAGUUUGAUUUGUAUUACUCUAUUGUACAAUUUUAGGUGGAGAAUAAUUUUCUUUUUCUUCCGAAAUUUCCGGAGGUUUGCAGAGAAAGGUCUUGAGCUUACAUUUGAUUAUGACGUUUAUGUGUCAUAUUCCGAUGACUGUGUUUGUUUUGUAAAAGAAUUACAAGAAAAAAUAGAAAACGAAUGGGGAUUUAAAAUCUGUAUCGAAGACAGAGAUUUCAUUGUAGGCGAAUCGAUUGCGACGGAAAGAGCUACAUCCAUUAACAGAUGCAGACACAUUAUAUUUGUAGUCUCGCCAUCUAUAAUCGAAAAUGAAUGGAGUCGUUUUGAAAUCGAGCGUGCAAAGUAUGAGAAGUUUUCAAAAAAUCUGCAGAAGAUUGUUGUUAUUACAAGAGAUAUCGCUUUGGAUAACAUUCCCGUAGAAUUUUCUAUCAUUUGGAAAGAUGUUCUACUUAUUCAAUGGCCAGUUGAGAAGGAUGAAGUUCAAAUGGCUUGGCAAAAGCUGCGACUUUGGUUCUUCUGAAGUAGUGUUAAGGUACAAGCGUCACCAUUUUGCUACAUGUACCCCUAAUAGAAGACUUAUAUAUGUGUAAUAGGGACAAAAAUAACAGUAAUACUAAAAAAAAAGAAAAGACAGGACACCGUCUUUUUCUUUUUACAUUUGAUUUCAAAGCGUUUUCAUCUAUAAAUUAUUUGUUGCAUUGCUCUGUCAUUAUUAACCGUGUGUAUUGUUAGAUAGAUGAGUUAAAUAUGGAAAUACAUAUAAACAUAAUUAAAACCUGUCCUAACCACACUAAAUUAUUUUGGUUUGCCUUGAUUCAUUGUUUUCAUGUCAACGAAAUGAUUAUAAAUCAUUCCUGUCA